UCCACGCAAUGCAACGGACAGGGAGGCCUGACUUUGUGACGGUAUCGCCGAAGGAGCCGUCGAGAAGAUGAGCUAGUGGCGGCACCCCCCAUAUUCCCGGUAUACAGGAAGUAGGGUUAUCUACAUUAUAGUCUGGUGCCACCACAGAUACAUGACAGCUCCUCCAGGUCGACCGGCACCCAGAACCUUACUGGACAGACCCGUCAAUGAAAGCCCAAAGCUGACAGCUGGUCGCAUCACUGGCAAUGCGGGAGUGACGCCAGGGCUUGCACCAUGCUAUAGAAGAGUCUACUCUAGCACCCGGCCGGGGGAAAAUUGGCCAACGGCGAGGGGAAGAGGGAGGGGGAGAAUGGAAUUGGGGGGGAGGAAUGGACGAAACAACAAAUCAGCAAGGGACCGGCAAUGGAUUGACAAGACGAGGGGUAAAAGUGAUAAAGAAAGAAAGCAAAAGCGAGGCCGGAAAAGGCAAUUUUCGCAUAAGGAGGGGAAAAAGAUCCGGCCUCGAGGGUGUGGAGGAGAAAAGAGGGAAGGCAUUCGUGCCAUACGGACUGGCAUGCAGUUGAAUCCGUCAACCAGAUCGGGGAACGAGGAUAGAGGAGGAGGAGGAUGAUGAUGAUGACGAUGACGUCGACCAGCUUACAGUCUCCCCCAUCAACCUGAGACAACAGCUUCCGUUAGCAUUG